AUGACAUUGCGGAGCCCGGCUCUUACCCACUUACUUUACCGUAGGGCUAUAUGUAGUGGAUGGGCUGCAUUCAAUGCCGAGAUUGUGCAGUAUUCUUCGCUUGGCUGCGUUGCGAAGUCGGGAUGGAGGCAGCCACACAGCCACACAGCCACUGGACAACUUCGUAUAUAUCGUAUCCGUGUAAUCAUGACAUUAUAA